AUGUAUUCAAUGAUAUCAUAUGACACAUUUCAAAGGCGUCUAGCGAAAAUGGACAAGACUCAGGAGGUAUAUCAUUUCGAAUCGUGUUACCAUAAUAUGACUAUUCUUGAUUGUACUUUCAAACACUUCACAAAAAUUCAUCUUUUCGAAUUAGUUGCCCUAUUUUAUCAGACUACAUUACCAGACCAUAUUGAUUUCACCCAAAAGUAUCUAACUAUCUACAAUCAUACCGCAGUUUACAUAUUCCCAAGAUGUCCAGGCUAUGACUUUGCUCCUGAACAUGAGAAUCUCAAAUUGAUUAGGAUCGACGACCUUUAUGCACACAGAUAUUUAUCUCAUUUACAAAAACAUUCUCACGCCGAGGAUGCGAGCUCUCAUCCUGAGAGUAAGUCGAAGCACUCGCAUCUUGGGGGUUCAAGAAUGAAGAAGGAAUCCACUCGAUUGUUGAGAAAGUUCGAUGAAUGGAAAAAGCUCGUCCGUACAAAAUUCAAGGGAACGUUCUUGGCCGCUGCCAAUUUUGAAAAAGAUUGGUUUCGGUAUGCAUUCACGUCAAGAAUACCAUUCUUUACCGGUGAAUGA